UAACUUUUAAUACGCCGGUUUGAAAUAUUUUACCUGUUUUCCGAGGCUCUUAUUCAGAGUGGAUUCAACUAUUUUUGUAACUAUUUUACAGCUACUCUCAGAAGGUCGUGUCGUCUUGAGAUGACAAACACAACUCUUCUGUUGCGUCUUUCAGAAAUCUCAGAAUUGGCCAGGUCUAAUUUGCAUGGCCAGCCAUUACGAGUUGCUGCUGUGAUGAGCGAUGAGUACGCGUACGAUACUGACGUUGUGCAAAAUCUCGACGGAACAGUCAGUUUUAAGGAAAGUUUCGCUGUGGAGCUACUUCGAGCUUUGGAAAUUACAAUGAACUUCACGACAAUACCUGUGAUUACAAAGUUUUGGGGGCACUUGCUUCCAAACAAUACUUGGGUUGGGAUGAUAGCGCUGUUAUUGGACAAUAAAACGGAUCUCGGACUUUCAUCCAUUGCUGAUCGGCCAUUUCGAAGAGCAGUUUCUCUUCUCAUUUCAGUGCCUUAA